CAAAUAAUAAUAAAAAUAUAAAAAUAUUAUCAGAUGUAUGUAGUUUUUAAACAUGAAAUGCAAACUAUCGUAUGGGAAAGAGCUAAGAUGGGACUACCAAUUUCUAAGGAAAAAAUGUAAGGAGGUGGGUAUAGAAGACGAGUUCAAUCAUCACCAGAUGCGUCUUCGGGCCAACAACGUAUACGUGUUUCAGGCGUUGCAUGUAUUUCUCACACUUCUUCAUUGCGGUCUGUUGACAGCAACAUGCAUGAUUUUGUUCGUUCACAGCAUCUUGAAUUAGUAUACCUUGAUAUGACCUGCUAUAUGGUAUCUACUGUUAUCGUUAUUGUAGCUAUGUGGGUCAAUGUAAAUGUGAAGCUUGGGCUGAAACAUAAAUGGUUAAAAUACGUUACAUCUACGACUGCCGCGCUGAGUAUUGUGCUUAUGGG